CUGCUUGUCAAAUGCUGACAGAGGCAGUCCUCAUGAAUCACUCCGGAUUGCGAUCAUGUGCUGCAAGCCCUCGGUGAGCCGCCAAAGAGGAAGUGCGGCUUGUUUUCUUGCUCGGAGUUCCUCUGCUGUAGGAAGAUGAGAGGAGAGGGAGGAGGAGGCAGCCGAAGCAGGAGGCCAAGUUAGCCGGGGAUGGAGGCCCUCGAGUGGAGGAGCUCCCUGGGCAACGACACCUUCCCCUCCACUCUGAGCCCCGCGGUGCCUCCCUAUGUGAAGCUGGGGCUGACCAUUGCCUACACGGUCUUUUAUUCCCUCCUCUUCAUCUUCAUCUACAUCCAGCUCUGGCUGGUCCUUCACUACCGGCACAAGAGGCUCAGCUACCAGACGGUCUUUCUGUUCCUCUGCUUGCUCUGGGCGUCGCUUCGGACGGUGCUCUUUUCCUUUUACUUCAGAGACUUUGUCACGGCCAAUUCUCUCAGCCCUUUCGCCUUCUGGCUGCUGUACUGCUUCCCGGUGUGCCUCCAGUUUUUUACACUGACACUGAUGAAUCUUUACUUCACUCAGGUGAUUUUCAAAGCUAAAUCAAAAUACUCACCAGAACUACUUAAAUACAGGUUGCCUCUUUACCUCGUGUCAUUUGUUGUCAGUCUACUUUUCCUCCUGGUGAAUCUAACGUGUGCCAUACUUGUGAGAAUAGAGAAUUCAGAAAGGAAGAUCAUUGUAUUGAUCCGGGUUGCUAUAAACGACUCAUUGUUUGUGCUAUGUGCCAUCUCGCUCUCCGUUUGUCUCUACAAGAUUUCCAAGAUGUCCUUAGCAAAUAUUUACUUGGAAUCCAAGGGUUCAUCCGUAUGCCAGUUAACUACUGUAGGAGUGAUUGUUAUACUACUUUAUACAUCAAGAGCCUGUUACAACCUGUUCAUUUUAUCGUUUUCUCAAAACAAGAAUUCUUUUGAUUACGACUGGUACAAUGUAUCUGAUCAGGCAAAUUUGAAAUGUCAGUUGGGUGAUGCUGGAUAUGUUGUAUUUGGAGUAAUCCUGUUUGUAUGGGAACUUCUGCCCACAUCCUUAGUGGUGUUCUUCUUCCGUGUCCGAAACCCUACAAAAGACCUAACAAACCCAGGGAUAGUACCAACUCAUGCGUUCAGUCCAAGAUCUUAUUUCUUUGACAAUCCUCGUAGAUACGACAGUGAUGAUGAUCUGGCAUGGAGUAUAUCACCGCACAGUAUACAUGGCAGUUUCUCCCCCGAUUACUAUGACUGGGGACAUCAAACCAACAGCUUUAUACCUCACAUUGGAUCCGUGCAGCAGGAUUAUACAACAGACAUAGAAUGACCAAGCCCUAUGUAGCACCAAACCAAUGUUGAUUUUAAAAAAUCAACAUCAGUCAAAAGGCACAAGUUACAGGGGCAUAACAUGGCCCGUGGAAAAACAUAGGAGUAAAAACAAGCUAUAGGUUUACUUAGUUAAACCAUACAGGUUUACCAUAGUUAUAUUUUCAUUCCAAUAUGCCUUGCUUAGGAUGUGAUCUUGCAAAGAUUUGCACACGUACUUUAUUUAUACAUAGGAGCACUCCUACUGAAGUCACUGUGUCUCCUUUUAUAAUGAAGACAAAAUACAGAGGUGUUAUUACAAGACUGCAGCCUAAGAGAAAAUAUUUGUAUUCUGUAUUAUCUAUUUUUAUGUUGGAAAACUACUGCUAUAAAUUUAUAGCCCUUUUCUUAUAUUGUCACUGUUUAUAUGUACAGAAAUAGUUUUGUGUCUCAUUUUGUAAUGUAUUCAGUAGGAUAUGAUGAUGGAUGAUUAUGAUGAUGAGUUGUGACCAUCAUACAAACUAUUUUGGCAAUGUUGAUAUAAAAACAUUUUAAAAAUA